AUGACAGGUACUAUUGAAUGCAUUUCCAUCGGAAUUAUCUCUUUGCUUUUUAUAAAGAUUUAUACAUUUUUUUACAAAAGCCCAAAUGUACAAGAUGUAAAGGAAAAACAAGAUGCUGACGGUGCAGGAGCUGCUGGUGAUUCUUCCAGCCCAAAGUCAAACGUAAAAGUCGAUGUCAUAUGCGACAUAACGAACAAUUUCGGAAGGCAUUAUGUAAAAGAAGUUGUUGGAAGGAAAAACGUCAUAGGAAUAAUUCCUGUAUACAAAAAUUACAAUAAGGAAUAUCUGGACAUCUCUGCAUUUAACGGAUUUAUGGCCCAACUUUUUAACUUUUUAAAUAUGCGAAAUGGAAAGUUAAUACUAGCGAAUGAAGAUAACUGCGUGGUAAACUUUUUGCAAAAAGAAUUAGAUAUGGAAGAAAGUGGUGACAGUGAGGAGGACAUAUUGUUGGCCUCUUGUAUUAUCAUCAAUGACAAGGUGUCUAUAAUUGUUUGCGUCAUUAAUUACGAAGCAGAGAUGGAAAAACAAUUGAAUUUAUUCAUAGGGAAGAAAAAAAAAGACAUUUUUGUUAUUAUAAAUAAUUUAUUCUUAAUUAAUAAGAAUGACAUUGUAAAAGAGAAGAUGAGGAACAAGGGUUGUAAAAAUGUAGAACUGCUUGAUAAGAAAAACUCAUUAACUCCAGAAGUGGAAGAAGGUUCCGAAAUGACAAGUUUUUUUUCCUUCUUUGACUUUUUCAAUAUUAAGAAGGAAUAUUUAACCGAUUUUUAUUCCAUUAUACAAAUAAAUAUGAAAAAUUUUUGCUACUUUUACAAACGUUUGGGAAAUAAUUCAUUUUCGGAAACGUAUUUAAAUGGAUACAUGUAUGACAGUUUUGUUGACACCAAGAUUUAUAACUCCCUUAUGGAUAUGUAUCACGAUUUAAUUUCCGAAGCCAUAAAAAAGGAUAAUAAAAAAAUCAACAUGAAGAAAUUUUACACCUUUUAUGGAGAAAAAUGCGAUUACAACAAAAUUGUAAAAUUUACCUUGAUGAAGUUGGAAAACAACAUGUUGUUAUUUUAUAUAUAUGACAUAUAUUCCUAUGUGUACUAUCAGCUAAUUUUAUACUUCUCGCAGAGGCAGUCCAUAUAUAGAUGA